GCUUCACUGGCUUUCCUUCCAUCGUACUUCGUCAAGUUCUCUUGCAUUUGUAUUACAGUUCUAGUCUUCCUAGUUUUUUGUAUUUCAGUUUUCGUUGAGAGAAUCUGUGUUCAUUGCAAUGGCACAGAACCAAGAAGUAAGCAACACUGUUGGGAAGCCCAUCCAUUGCAGAGCUGCCGUUGCCAGGAAAGCAGGGGAGCCAUUAGUGAUAGAGGAAAUCAUAGUUGCCCCUCCAAAAGCCCGUGAGCUUCGCGUUCGAGUCUUAUGCUCCGCCCUCUGUUUCAGUGACAUCCAUUUCUGGAGGCUCAAAGAACCUCAUGGGUAUUAUCCAAGAAUUUUUGGUCAUGAAACUGUUGGGGUUGUGGAGAGUGUUGGAGAGGGAAUCGAGGAUGUAAAGGUGGGAGACACUGUCAUUCCAUCAUUCUUGGCUUACUGCGGAGAAUGUCCUGAUUGCACAUCCAUCAAAAGCAACCAAUGCUCCAAAUUGAGAUUCGAAUUGUCUCCUUAUAUUAGAGAUGGGACUAGCAGGUUUUCUGAUACCAAAGGAGAGACAAUUUACCACUUUGGCUACACAUCAGGUUUCAGUGAGUACACUGUGGUGGACAUCACUCACGUUACAAAAGUCGAUCCUGCACUUCCAGCCAGUAGAGCAUGCCUGCUUGGCUGUGGAGUAUCAACUGGUGUAGGUGCUGCAUGGAAAACAGCCGAUAUUGAAGAGGGUACAACUGUAGCUAUUUUUGGAUUGGGAGUAAUUGGAUUAGCGGUUGCUGAAGGAGCAAGACUUCGUGGAGCUAAGACAAUUAUCGGUGUGGAUCUGAACCCCGACAAAGUUGAAAUAGGUAAAAAGUUUGGCAUCACCAAUUUUAUCAACCCAAGGGAACUUGGCGGCAAACUUGCGAGCGAGGUGAUUCUUGAGAUGACUGAUGGCCUUGGUGCUGAUUACUGCUUUGAAUGCGUGGGCUUGCCAUCCCUAUCACAAGAAGCAUUUACUUGCUGCAGAAAGGGAUGGGGAAAGACCAUCAUAUUAGGAGUGGACAAGCCAGACUCGCAGUUUAUCCUCAACUCCCUAGUGAAUAAUCAUAGCGGGAAGACCAUCACAGGCGUCCAAUAUGGUGGUCUCAAGCCUAAUCUUGAUAUUGCCAUUCUUGCAAAACGUUACUUGGAUAAGGAGCUUCAGUUGGACUUGUUUGUCACGCAUGAGAUCAAACUUGAAGACAUCAACAAGGCUUUCAAGUUGCUCAUUGAGGGCAAGUGCCUCCGGACUGUCAUUUGGUUCGAUCAGGAGAGGGCAAGAGCCGAUGGUGUGACAUUUAAUGAAAUAUAAAGGAGAUUAGACUAACAAAUACUAGACAAGUUCUGUUGUAUUUUCGCGUUGACGUGUGUUAAAAUGGUCUCAUUCAAUUGAGAACCAUCCCUCUAAAUUUGCUCAAGUUUUGUAUUUCACAAGUUAAAUGAGAGCCCCAAGCAUGUAUUCUGUUUCCUUUGAUGUGCCUUGAAAUUUGAUAAAUCCUCCCUUCAAUGGGUUGCCAAACCAUA